GGGACAAACCUCACCCUUCUUUUAUCCGAGUCUUCCUGUGCUGGAGGAUGAGUGCUGUCUUUGCUAAACUGGACCCCAGGAGAAUUGAGUGGGAGUCGUCCUGGUAUGGACUCCACUCACGCAUCCUGCGCACUAAACCUGUGGACUCCAUGCAGGGGAUCUCAGAUGACCUUCAUGGCACCAGGCUCGCUCGUGUGCUCACUACGGUGGAUCUGGUGUCACUUGGGGUGGGCAGCUGCGUGGGAACUGGCAUGUAUGUGGUCGCCGGGCUUGUGGCUAAGGAAAUGGCAGGACCUGGAGUGAUCUUGUCCUUCAUCAUUGCAGCUGUGGCAUCCAUUCUGUCAGGCGUGUGCUAUGCUGAGUUUGGGGUCAGAGUGCCUAAGACAACAGGCUCCGCCUACACAUACAGUUAUGUCACAGUGGGAGAAUUUGUGGCCUUUUUCAUUGGCUGGAAUCUCAUUUUGGAGUAUUUGAUUGGCACAGCAGCGGGGGCCAGUGCACUGAGCAGCAUGUUCGACUCUUUAGCCAAUCACACCAUCAGCCGCUACAUGAUCAACCAUCUUGGAACACUGAAUGGCCUGGGUAAGGGAGAGGAAUCUUAUCCAGACCUUCUGGCUCUGCUGAUCGCUAUGGUGGUGACGGUGAUUGUGGGUUUAGGGGUGAAAAACUCUGUGAGCUUCAAUAAUGUGCUCAAUGUUGUUAACUUGGUCGUGUGGGUCUUUAUGGUGCUUGCUGGACUGUUUUUCCUUUCUGGAGCCAACUGGGAGGAUGGGAGGUUUCUGCCCUAUGGCUGGUCAGGGGUCAUGCAAGGAGCUGCAACCUGUUUCUACGCCUUCAUUGGCUUUGAUAUUAUCGCCACCACAGGAGAAGAGGCCAAGAGCCCCGACACUUCCAUUCCAUAUGCCAUAACAGCCUCUCUCGUCACCUGUCUCACAGCGUACGUCUCUGUGAGUGUGAUUCUGACAUUGUUGGUGCCAUUUAACCUGAUUGAUGGCGAUGCCCCGCUUAUGGAGAUGUUUGCUGUUCAUGGCUUCCUGGCUGGGAAGUAUAUUGUAGCUGUGGGCGCUGUCGCAGGACUCACUGUCAGCCUGCUGGGAUCUCUGUUCCCUAUGCCCAGAGUCAUCUAUGCCAUGGCAGGAGAUGGGCUGCUUUUCAGGUUCCUGUCCUUUGUGAGUCCGCACACAGAGACGCCUGUGGUGGCCUGUGCUGUAUCAGGCUCUCUGGCUGCUCUGCUGGCUCUUCUGGUGAGUCUUAGGGACCUGAUCGAGAUGAUGUCCAUCGGCACACUGCUGGCCUACACACUGGUGUCAGUGUGUGUGCUGCUUCUGCGAUAUCAGCCCGACAGAGACGGCUUCACCAGUUUCCUCACCGAGGAGGAAGAGGAGGAGCGGAAGAGGAAGGAGGAAAUGAUGGCAGCCAGUGAGAAGGACAUGAACUCACCUGGUGGAGAAGAGUACUCCGACAACCCCUGUGGGGCCAAGAACCUCCCCUCCAAAGGAGACGAUGAAACUCUGAUUGAAAAGUCAGACUCUGGAGGCUACCAGUCUGAUAGUUCCGGCUACGGUGUUGGAGAUAACGGCACUGAGGUGGACGACUCCAAUAGUCUCUUGAAGCGCAUUUUGGGGUCUCAUUAUUACACUAUACGGAUGCGUUUGGGCCUGCCGAACUUGGGCGAUAGGCCCACACCUGCAACAGGACGUACUGUUACUUCCUGUGUCCUCCUUUUCUUCAUCUUGACCUUCUUUCUCUGGACGCUUGUCAUCUAUGGCUUCGACCAGGUCUCAGGAGGAGCUCGCUGGGCAAUAUUACCUUUUAUAAUGACUGUGAUUGUCCUCAUGGUUACUUUGGUUAUUAUUAUUCUCCGGCAGCCUGAGAACCCUAAAAAGCUGCCCUACAUGGCGCCUUGUGUGCCCUUUGUGCCCACCGCUGCCAUGCUGGUGAACAUUUACCUUAUGCUCAAACUCUCCAGCAUCACCUGGGUGCGCUUUGUGGUGUGGUGCUCACUAGGUGUGCUGAUCUACUUUAGCUACGGGAUGUGGAACAGCUCGCUGGAACUCAGCGCUAGAGAGGAAGCGGCUCACGCCAGCUCCUACCAGAGGUACGACACAGAGGUGGAUGACAGCUUCAAUGCCGAUGAAGACCUCCCUCCUCAGGAGGACAAAGAGGACGGACAGUACCAGGGCUGGGCGGCUGAGGAUCGCGGCUAUCAGUCCCAGAAAGACUACCAGCAGCACUAUGAUGAACAGAGACCGUCCAACAGUCACAAUUACAGAAACAAAGGCAGGACCAAUAAAGGCUUUGAGGAGCUGGUCAAUGAAGAGUAUUCACCUGAGUGAGCAAUUUAC